AUGGAGGACCAAGACUGCAGGGACGGCUCCCUGGGCAACAUCGAUGACCUGGCCCAGCAGUAUGCAGACUACUACAACACCUACUUCUCCGACGUGUGCGAGAAGAUGGAGGAGCUGCGCAAGCGGCGGGUUUCCCAGGACCUGGACGUGGAGAAAGCCGAUGCCAGCCCCACGUCACUUCAGCUGCGGUCCCAGAUUGAAGAGUCGCUUGGUUUCUGUAGCGCUGCAUCAACGCCAGAAGUGGAAAGAAAGAAUUCUCUUCACAAGUCAAACUCAGAAGACAGCGCUGUAGGAAAAGGAGACUGGAAGAAGAAAAAUAAGUAUUUCUGGCAGAACUUCCGAAAGAACCAGAAAGGAAUAAUGAGGCAGACUUCAAAAGGAGAAGAUGUGGGCUAUGUUGCAAGCGAGAUAACAAUGAGCGAUGAGGAACGGAUUCAGCUGAUGAUGAUGGUCAAGGAGAAGAUGAUCACCAUUGAGGAGGCGCUGGCCAGGCUCAAGGAGUACGAGGCCCAGCACCGGCAGUCAACUGCCUUGGACCCCGCCGACUGGCCGGAAGGCUCUUACCCCACAUUUGAUGGCUCAUCAAACUGCAAUUCAAGAGAACCAUCGGAUGAUGAGACCGAGGAGUCGGUGAAGUUUAAGAGGUUACACAAGCUGGUGAACUCCACCCGCAGAGUGAGAAAGAAACUCAUCAGGGUGGAUGAAAUGAAAAAGCCCAGCACUGAAGGCGGGGAGGAGCCCGUGUUUGAGAGCCCCCUGGCCCUGGACGAGAGGGCCGCCCUGUACUCGGGCGUGCACAAGAAGCCGUUCCUGUUCGACGGCUCCCCCGAGAAGCCUCCGGAAGAUGACGCGGACCCUUUCGCCACCUCUCCAUCGCCCGGCAACCUGGAGGCCUGGGCCGCCGGCCGGAAGCUGGUCAAAACCUUCAGCAAGGGAGACAGCCGGGGCCUCAUCAAGCCCCCCAAGAAGAUGGGCACGUUCUUCUCGUACCCGGACGAGGACAAGGCCCAGAAGGUGUCCCGCUCCCUGACCGAGGGCGAGAUGAAGAAGAGCCUGGGGUCCCUGAGCCACGGGAGAACCUGCAGCUUUGGAGGAUUUGACUUAACGAAUCGUUCUCUGCAUGUUGGCAGCAAUAAUGCUUACCCGAUGGGUAAAGAAGGAGAUUUUGUGUACAAGGAAGUCAUCAAAUCACCUACGGCCUCCCGCAUCUCUCUUGGAAAAAAGGUCAAAUCUGUGAAAGAGACAAUGAGGAAGAGAAUGUCCAAAAAGUACAGCAACUCUGUCCCUGAGCAGGACGUGGGCCUCGAUGGAAUGCCUGGCUCCCCGCCACCCUCCCAGCCUGACAGUGAACACAUGGACAAGCCCAAGCUCAAAGCCGGAGGUUCCGUAGAGAGUCUUCGGAGUUCGCUGAGUGGACAGAGCUCGAUGAGUGGCCAGACAGUGAGUACCACCGAUUCCUCCACCAGCAACCGGGAAAGCGUCAAGUCGGAAGACGGCGAUGAUGAGGAGCUCCCCUACCGAGGCCCCUUCUGUGGGCGCGCCAGGGUGCACACUGACUUCACCCCCAGCCCCUACGACACAGACUCUCUCAAGCUCAAGAAAGGAGACGUCAUCGAUAUAAUCAGCAAGCCACCCAUGGGCACCUGGAUGGGCCUGCUGAACAACAAGGUGGGCACCUUCAAGUUCAUCUACGUGGACGUGCUGAACGAGGAGGAGGAGAAGCCCAAGCGCCCCACCAGGAGGAGGAGGAAAGGAAGACCACCCCAGCCCAAGUCCGUGGAGGACCUUCUCGACCGGAUUAACCUCAAAGAGCACAUGCCCACCUUCCUGUUCAAUGGAUAUGAGGAUCUGGACACCUUUAAGCUCCUGGAGGAGGAGGACUUGGAUGAGUUAAAUAUCAAGGACCCAGAACAUAGAGCCGUUCUCUUGACAGCGGUGGAGCUGCUCCAGGAGUAUGACAGUAACAGCGACCAGUCUGGAUCCCAGGAGAAGCUGCUCGUUGACAGCCAGGCCCUGAGUGGGUGCUCCCCGCGGGACUCGGGAUGCUAUGAAAGCAGUGAGAACCUGGAAAACGGCAAGUCUCGGAAGUCUGGACUUCUCUCUGCCAAGUCCUCCGCCGAGUCCAGCUUGAAGUCCUUCGGCAGAAACCAGCUGGGCCCCUUCCCCAUGCUGCCGCUGCCCAAGGCGGCGGGCGCCCUGAAGCAGGGGGUGGAGGGCAGGCUGGGCAGUGGCCUGAGCCCGCACCCUCUGAAGGACUGUGAGCCGCCCUGUGUGACCGGCUUGAAUAAAAACCGCAGGAGCCUCCCCGGCUCCAUCUGCCGGAGCUGUGAGACCCUGGAGGGCCCCCAGCCCGUGAAGACCUGGCCCCGAUCCCAGUCCCUGGAUGACCUCCAAGGAGAGCCCGACGCUGACAACGAUGUGCCUGGCGCGGUGACCGAACCCUGCCCCCAGACUGUACCCGAAGUGCCACAGAAGACAGCCCCCUCGGUCGCCAAGGCUCAUGGCCCCCAAGGAGAGUCUGCUGUUGACAAUGCGUUGCUACUGACCCAAAGCAAGAGGUGUUUUGACCCUCAGAAAACGACUACUAAGAAACUGGGCGGCUCCAUGGCAGCCGCUUCCAGUGGCUUGUCACCUCCUCCGUGUUUGCCCCAGAGCCAGGACGCUCAGCCUCCCAGGCUCGGCUUCACAAGGACUCCUCUGGAGGGUCACAGAAAAGGACUUGAUCCCGAAGGAACCUGUCAGCCCCCGAACGCCAAAGAGGGUGAGCAGAGGGGCCCCGAGGCCAUGGCGCCAGGCAGACAUCCCAUGCAGCCUCCGCCCGUUCCUGCCAAGAAGAGCAAAGAGCGCCUGGCCAACGGCCUCCACCCCUGCCCUCCGGGCCCCAGCGCACCCAGUCUGCCCCUAAAGAAGGGGGGCUCCGGCGGCUGUCCCUCUCCGCAGGCUCCCCAGCCGCCCUCCAGGCAGGAGCCCGGCAGCCCACCAAGCCCGCGGCCCCCGCCCUGGCUCUCCGAGCUGCGGGAGAGCGCCAGCCUGCAGGAGCACGGCGUGAGGCUGGGCCCGGCCGGGGCCAGGAAGAUCUCCUGCGCUCGGGGAGUGGACCUGGAGAUGCUCACUGAAGACAAGUUACGAGCUGAAGGCAUCGACCUCACCGAGGAGCCCUAUUCCGAUAAGCAUGGACGCUGCGGGAUCCCCGAGGCCCUGGUGCAGAGAUACGCAGAGGACCUGGACCAGCCCGAGAGGGACAUCGCCGCCAACAUGGACCAGAUCCGCGUGAAGCUGCUUCGCAAGCAGCACCGCAUGGCGAUCCCCAGCGGCGGGCUCACAGAGAUCUGCAGGAAGCCCCUCUCCCCGGGAUGCGUGGCGUCCGUGUCGGAUUGGCUGAUCUCCAUCGGCCUGCCCAUGUACACCGGCGCCCUCGCCGAGGCGGGCUUCUGCACGCUGGGCCACGUGCCUUCUCUGUCCCACACCUGCCUGCAGGAGGCGGGCAUCACCGAGGAGAGACACAUAAGCAAGCUCGUGUCCGCGGCCAGACUCUUCAAGCUGCCGCCCGGCCCCGAGGCCAUGUAG